AGUAAAAAGGUACUGUGAUCCAAAUCUUAAAAAAAAAAAAAAACAUUUUAAGAUAUUUAGCCAGAAAAAUAGUAUACUCUUGUAGUAUGAUUAUCAGCAUAUUAUAAUGUUUUCUGAUGAGUCGUGAGACUGUAAUGAUGCUGAAAAUAGAGCAAUGCCCGCGCAUGAAUAAAUUGUAUUCUAAAUAUAUAUUUAUAUAAAAGGGAUACAUAUACAUACAUACACAUAGUAACAUAAUUGUAUGUAAUGUAUACAUAAUGAAUGUAUAUGUAAACCCCAAGAAAACAUUAACAUCUGUUUUUUAAAACUUCAAAGAUGUUUUAAUUCUCGUUCAAACAUUUUCUCUGAGGCUAGUUCUGUUGAGCUGCGUGUUGAGUCUACACGGUUCUCAUGUGACAGUUAAAUCCCGCGGCGCCGCUCCGCAGCACUUCUUUGUUUUCAGUCUAUCGACGUGUGAACACUAUCUACUCAGAGACAUGGCUGAAACCGCUCCAGCUGCUGCCGCUCCGCCGGCUAAAGCUCCCAAAAAGAAACCGGCGUCUAAGCCCAAGAAAGCGGGCCCGAGCGUCAGAGACCUCAUCGUCAAGACCGUGUCCGCCUCCAAGGAGAGGAGCGGCGUGUCCCUCGCCGCGCUGAAGAAGGCUCUUUCUGCGGGCGGCUACGACGUGGAGAAGAACAACUCCCGCGUCAAGCUCGCCGUCAAGAGUUUGGUGACCAACGGCACCCUGGUUCAGACCAAAGGUACCGGCGCCUCCGGCUCCUUCAAGCUCAACAAGAAGCAGGCCGAGACCAAGAAGAAGCCCGCCAAGAAAACUCCCGCGAAAGCAAAGAAGCCCGCGGCCAAGAAACCCGCCGUCAAGAAAUCCCCCAAGAAGGUGAAGAAACCGGCCGCCGCUGCGAAGAAGGCGACAAAGAGCCCCAAAAAGGCGAAGAAGCCUGCAGCCGCCAAGAAAGCAGUUAAGAGCCCCAAGAAAGCGAAGAAGCCUGCAGCUGCUAAGAAAGCGGCCAAGAGCCCCAAGAAGACCAAGGCGGCCAAACCCAAGACUGCGAAGCCCAAAGCAGCCAAACCUAAAAAGGCAGCUCCCAAGAAGAAAUAAACACUAUUCUUUGUUUUUUUCCUCUUCCUCCUAAAACAAAACGGCUCUUUUCAGAGCCACCCACUUACUACAAUUAAAGAGCACAUUUUAAACAUUUUAACUGAAUGCUUUUUUUGUGGGGAAAUAAAGAGUAAAUUAUAUUAGCACAGUAUAGUCUAAAUACAUUAUAUACAGUAUAAAUGAUUUAUAUAAAUAAAAAAAAAUAUAUAUGGUCGUGUUUACAGCAGAUUGCUUAGUAUAAUUUCCGAAACACAUUAACUUAAUGAAAUACAUGCAAUUCGAGAAAGACCAGUUUGGAUUUGAGGGGAACAUCAGCCGCCGAUUACUACCAUUUUUAUUUUAGCAAUAUUUAUGUGAAAGUGCCUUUUUAGUGUGUGUGUUUUACCUUGUUUGUAUUUUUCUGCGUAUUUAUUUAAUUUAAUGGUAUUUUAUGUUUUAGAUAUUUUAAACGAAAGUCUGGCAGAAAGGGGGAGGGGUUUGGAAUUUUGAAGAGAAUUGCAGUGAUUGGUCUGUAGCUGUGACAGACUCUGACCAAUAGACUAUCAGCACAGUCUCUUAAACGGAUCGCAUCCACCAAUAUUUCUCUUCCUUGAUUAUCAGCGUGAAGCAG